CAGAGCCUGGGGAAGACAGGUCGCGGAAGUAUCAACUUCGCAACCGUAUGUAGACUCCUGUGCCGGACCAACAUUGCUACUACUGGGCAAUGUCGGGGAGCCCGGAGCAGACUGGGUCAGAGCCAGAAUCUAGAGACUUUCGAACGAAUCUGGAAGACAGGGAUGAUGGUAGUAGAGGCCAAGGCGGAGGCCGAGGUCGAGGCCGAGGCCGAGGCCGAGGUCGAAGCCUUGGCAGAGGCAGCGACAGUGGCUCCUCUGACCAACUAGGGGCUAGGGCCACAGACUUCCUUGGACCACCACUCUGCUUUGGCUUGAAAAACUGUAUGGUUGGUGCUGUAAUUGGUCGUGGUGGUUCAAACAUAAAAGAUAUUCAGUACACAACAAACACUAAGAUACAAAUCAUAUGUGGGGACUCAGAAGCUGAAGUAAAAAUUUUUGGUAGCGAUUAUAUGAAAAUAAAGGCUAAAGCAGCUAUAGAAACAUUUGUUAAAAAACAAGAGAGAUACAAUUUAGAAUCCAGUAUUCAUAACGCCACAUCCGAGUCCUCUGUUGAUAAUGCCACAUCUCAGUACCAGGAUGAACAAAAAGUAAGCACAAGUACCACUGUUAAGAGAGCUCAACCAGCUAUAGAUUGGGAUCAGAUCCGGGCAGCAACUUCAGAGUGGGAACAAAGAAAAUGGGCAGAUUUACCACCAAUUAAGAAAAAUCUUUACAUAGAAUCCAAAGAGACAAGUGUGAUGUCCAAAGCGGAAGUGGAAAAGUGGAGAAAGGAAAAUUUCAACAUAAUCUGUGAUGAUCUGAAAAUAGGUGAGAAACGUCCAAUUCCUAAUCCCACUUGUAAAUUUGGAGAUGUCUUUGAGCAGUAUUCUGAAUUGAUGGAAAAUUUAAUUAAGGCAGGUUUUGAAAAGCCAACACCAAUUCAGUCACAAGCAUGGCCAAUAAUUCUACAAGGAAUGGAUCUUAUAGGAGUUGCUCAGACUGGAACAGGCAAGACUUUGUCAUAUUUAAUGCCUGGUUUUAUUCAUCUUAUUUCUCAACCAAUAACUAGAGAAGAAAGGAAUGGACCUGGCAUGCUAAUCCUUACACCAACUAGAGAAUUAGCUCUUCAGGUGAAAAGUGAAUGCUCUAAGUACUCAUAUAAAGAUCUUAAAAGUGUUUGUAUAUAUGGUGGUAGAAACAGAAAAGAACAAAUAAAAGACAUUAUCAAAGGUGUAGAUAUCAUUAUUGCAACUCCUGGAAGAUUAAAUGAUUUGCAAGUGAAUAACUUCAUCAACCUAAGAAGCAUAACCUAUUUGGUAAUAGAUGAGGCAGAUAAAAUGUUGGAUCUUGGAUUCGAACCCCAGUUAAUGAAGAUUCUAACAGAUGUGCGUCCAGAUCGACAGACAGUCAUGACAAGUGCUACUUGGCCAAAAACUAUCCGUCACCUAUCCCAAUCUUAUUUGAAAGAGCCUAUGAUUGUUUAUGUUGGUACUCUCGAUCUUGUUGCUGUAAACACAGUGAAGCAAAAUAUAAUUAUUACCACAGAAGAAGAAAAGCGAUUUCAUUUUGAAGAAUUCUUACAUAACAUGGCACCAGAAGACAAAGCCAUUGUGUUUGUUAGCAGAAAACUUAUUGCUGAUGACAUAUCGAGUGAUUUGGGCAUCAAGGGCAUAGCUGUACAACUAUUGCAUGGUAACAGAGAGCAGGGUGAACGCGAGCAGGCAUUAGAGGAAUUUAAAACUGGAGACGUGAAGCUAAUGAUUGCAACUGAUUUAGCAUCCCGCGGCCUCAAUGUUAAUGACAUCACACACGUAUAUAAUUAUGAUUUCCCAAGGAAUAUUGAAGAAUAUGUGCACAGAGUAGGGCGUACUGGAAGAGCAGGGAAGAGUGGCGUAUCUAUAACCCUAAUUACUAAAAAUGAUUCAAAGAUUGCCAGCGAAUUGAUUAACAUUCUGAAGAGAACGAACCAGAGCAUCCCAGAAGAACUUGAAAGCAUGGCAGAAGAAUAUAAAAUUCUUGAACGAACAAAGAGUGAAGAAAAGAAAUCAAGAAAAUAUCAAGGAAAACCCAAGGAGUUUCAAAGUUUAGAUUGAA